AUGCCUGCCAUCGCCCCACCAUCUAUCGAAGAGCUCAUGGGCCCUUUUACAGUCUGCAUAGAUAUCGCUAUCCUGUACGUUCCUACUCUGUCCCUCCUACUUAUCCUGCCUUACUCGCGAUGCAUUGAUGCCAAGUCUGUAUGGGAUUAUCACCGCACAGACAUAUUUUUUUUGGUGGAGAUCACAGGACGACUCGAAAUUACUUCGCUCCUUAGUCGCAUCCAGACUGUGCACACACUGUUUUGCAUGGACAUAAGUUAUCACUACACGAUCGUCGACUUUGGGAACAUUGAAGGCGAAUUUCAAAUUUUCUGGAGUGCCGGGGCUAAAAUUCUCGUGGAGGUCCUCAUCCUUUUUGAUUUGGCGUACCUGGAUAUUGAGCAGAAGAUCUAUGGUGCUGAUCCCCAUACUGUCUAUCUUGCUCUUCAUGCGCAUCGUGUUCGGGUUGGCAACAGCGAGCUACCUCUUGGCACCUGGGCUGAGUUCAGAGAAUUAAAUGUAGCGUUGAUUGUAGCUACAUUUUUUACAGGGUCUUCAGGGGUUCUAGACGCACUCAUCGCUCUCAGCCAGAUUUAUUAUCUCUGGACUAGCCGUACAGGCUACCUGGCAACAGAUACUCUGGUUCGGAAGCUGAUGGCUUACAUUAUCAACACUGGUGCUUUGACGAUGUGUGUUACAAUAGCAAUCAUUGUAACGUUUUGGGCACCAGCCUUGAAGAGUAGUCUGCUCUUCGCUGGAUUGGUGGAUGUUCAGAGCAAACUUUAUGCGAACUCGCUGAUCGCUAUGCUGAACGCACGACAGGACCUUGGCCUCAAAGCUGGACGACAACAUUCUUCCAAUCUCGUCGAGAUCGGGCUUCAUAACGUGAGCCGUGGAUUGUCUAGAUCACAAAACAUUGAGAUAUUCCGUGAUACGACAGAGAUUACCGACCAUGAUUUAAGCAAGAGUAGCACGAGCGGAAAGGAUUAG